AUGCUCAGACAGGUUUUUCUUACCUCGAGGCCUGUCCUUACACAACUAGCCUGCCGAAAGGCCACAAACUUGGUAUCGUUUCGACCGCUAGUCGUUAACGCCAUAAGCUUGAAGUCCAGAGAACAAAUCAGGUCGUAUUCAUCAAAGGCUCCUCUCACAAAGAAAACUCUGGAGGAUCGGAUUAUCCUCGUUCUCAGUCUGUAUGAUAAAAUUGAUCCUAAGAAGUUGACUAUGGACUCUGAUUUUUCGAAGGAUUUGGGCUUAGAUUCGCUCGAUCAUGUUGAAGUGAUGAUGGCAAUGGAGGAGGAGUUUGGUUUCGAGAUUCCCGAUGGAGACGCUGAUCGGCUGAAGACCCCACGAGAUAUAUUCCAAUAUGUAGCUGAUCGUGAAGAUGUUUUUGACUAA